AUGGUUACCAUGCUGGACUGCCAAACCGUAGAAGUCUGGAUAUUUCUUAUUAUUAUCAAAUUGUUUGCAGAAUGUAUAGCUGUGAACAUCAAGCGUUUAGACGUGCCAGCCCUAGUGGAGCUGGGCACGGAAUCAGUAAUCCUGGACUGCGACUACAGCACGGGAGAAACUCCAGGCCCAGGACUGGUCAUAAAGUGGUUCUUCAACGGGUCUACAGGCCUCGUCUAUCAGUGGAUACCACCGCUGCAACCUCAGUUCAUAGGACUUCUAAAGGGAAAAGUUGACCCGAAUUUUAAAAUAUCGGAUGAGCCUUUACAGGCUUACCGAGCCAUCAAAAUAAUAAACCCUGGCACACACUUGAGCGGCAACUAUACGUGUGUGGUGUCCACAUUCAUAGCUGAGGAUAGUCAGACGAGAUCUAUGUUAGUGUACAGUCCGGGCAAGAGUUUUCAUUUCCAGCAAGAGAAAAAAUAUGUAUUUUUAGUAACGUUAAGAUGUGUCGCGGAGUACUUGUACCCUCGACCAGUGCUAACUAUAUUAUCAAAAGGCAAGCCACUGGAGCGAGCACUGACUGACAUGAGGAUGGAUUCCUGGGGCAUGUACACCGUGGAGACGACGGCGCUGGUCCACGACGAUGACGUCACCAGCCCCUGGGAGGAGUUCGUCUGUGUAUUGAGCUUACCCUUAGCUAAUUAUACUAGUAAUAGAACUACUGUUUAUUAUCCAGGUCUUAUGCCAACGCACAGUGCAAGCAUAGAAGUGAAGAAACCACAGGAGCAUCAAGCCAGCAAUAGUUCCCCGCUCCGGAGGUGCACUCUAUUAUACACUUUACUAAUAAGCAUUAAAAUUACUUUUUAAUAAACUAAGUAACAUUGUACAUACUGAUUUAGUCUAGAAUAUUAAGUCUAUGACU